CUGGUCACUGUGUGACCUCAGUGGUGUCUCCCAACAGCCUCCUAACCAUCUCCUCGUGCCUUGCAGGGGGUUCAGGACCAUCGUCAUCCAUAGCCAUAGCUGGCACCAGCCAACCUGCCAUCACCAAGACAACAUCUGUGCUCCAGGAUGGUGUUAUAGUCACUACUGCAGCUGGAAAUCCACUUCAGCAGAGCCAGCUGCCCCUGGGGAGCGACUUCCCCUUCGCUGGCCACGAACACUCGCUCCAUUUCCCGCAGAACAGCUCUUCAAACAACAACCUGCCGCACUCUUUGAAUCAAAACCUCCUCAAUUCUCUGCCUAUCUCUUUGCCAGUGAAUCACAACCUCAACCCUUUAGGUUUUCUCAACCCGAAUGUAAACGCCGCUUUAGCUUUUCUCUCCGGUGACGUGGACGGGCAGGUAUUGCAGCCUGUGCACUUCCAGCUCCUAGCAACCCUCCUUCAGAACCAAGCCCAGGCAGCUGCCAUGCUGCCCCUGCCAUCCUUCAAUCUGACCAUCUCAGAUUUGCUGCAGCAGCAGAACCCCCCCGGGCCCCCAGCUGAGCACCUGCCCAGCGCCCAGGCAGACAGCGGCAGGGUGGACACCCUCCUGGGCACCCCCCUCCCCAGCUUCUCGGGCUCUGACACAGCUCCUAACCCCCUGCUCCUCCCCACUGCCUCUGGGGCCUCAGCACUAAUGGCCUUGAACCCCCAGCUGGUGGGAGGUGUCCUCAGCUCCGCGGCCACCGCUAACCAUCCGGAGGUUUCCAUAGCCACCUCCUCCCAGGCAACCACUACCACAACCACUACAUCAUCAGCAGUGGCAGCACUGUCUGUCUCGACCCUGGGUGGUGGGACAGCAGUGGUGUCAAUGGCAGAAACAUUGCUGAACAUAUCUAAUAAUGCUGGGAGUGCUCCUGGUCCAGCUAAGCUCAACAAUAACUCUGUGGUGCCACAGCUACUUAACCCUCUACUGGGGACAGGUCUGCUUGGUGAUGUGUCAUCUCUGAACACUACUCUGAAUAACCAUCAGCUGAGUCAUCUCCAGUCGCUGCUAAACAACAAUCAGAUGUUCCCUUCAAACCAGCAGCAGCAGCAGCAGCAGCAGCACCUUCUGCAGGGGUACCAGAACAUGCAGGGCUUUCAGGGCCAGCCCCAAAUCCCUGGCCCAGCUAACAACCCCAACCCCAUGGCAUGUCUGUUCCAAAACUUCCAGGUGAGAAUGCAGGAAGAUGCUGCUGUGCUCAACAAAAGGAUGAUCACUCAAAUGGGAAUGGCACCAGUUCCUGAGAGCUCCAACACUAUGCUUCCUCCUUUCCAAGAAACAUCUUGUGAUCUGCAGCAAAGGACUGACCCAUCUCUUGGCCAACAGGCGAAGGACAACCUCAACGUUGCCGCUCAGGGCGAUGCGUCGGUGGACGCCAUCUACAAGGCGGUCGUGGACGCCGCGAGCAAGGGAAUGCAGGUGGUGAUCACCACUGCAGUCAGCAGCACCACCCAGAUGAGUCCCAUCCCAGCUUUGAGUGCCAUGAGUGCCUUCACAGCCUCGAUCGGUGACCCCCUGAACCUCUCCAGCGCCGUCAGCGCGGUGAUCCACGGCAGGAACGUCGCCGCGGCCGAGCACGACGGGAGGGUGAGGAGCACCAGGGGGACACGAGUCCUGAAGAAUUCAGAGCAUGGUAAAAACCCAAGUGAAGGGGAUGGGUAUGAGUAUUACAAACCAAGCAGUUGUAACACGCCCAAAAAACAGUGGGAAGGGGAGCAAAGUCCUGUCAGUGAGAUAAACAGGUGGAAGUGUGAGGAGUUUCUAGAGCAUUCCACCCAUAUCCACAGCAGUCCGUGCCACGAGAGGCCCAACAACAUCUCCACACUGCCACUGCUACAGGGGGAGCAGCACCAGAUCCUGCUGUCACAGAGAAACUGUCAGAGUGAGAAAGUGCUGGAGGAGAAUUUCAGGUAUAACAAUUACAAAAGAACUAUGAUGAGUUUUAAGGAAAGGCUGGAGAACACUGUGGAACGAUGUGCACACAUCAAUGGCAACAGGCCUCAGCAGAACAGAGGCUUUGGGGAGUUGCUCACCACUUCCAAACAAGACCUGAUCCUGGAAGAGCAAUCUCCAAGUUCCUCCAAUAGCUUGGAAAGCUCCUUGGUUAAAGACUAUAUCCAUUACAAUGGAGAUUUCAAUGCCAAAAGCAUUAAUGGGUGUGUGCCUAGCCCCUCGGAUGCUAAGAGCAUCAGCAGUGAGGAGGACCUGAGGAAUCCAGAUUCCCCUUCUUCCAAUGAGCUCAUCCAUUACAGGCCGAGGACGUUUAACGUGGGCGACUUGGUCUGGGGCCAAAUCAAAGGACUCACUUCAUGGCCUGGGAAACUGGUGAGGGAAGAAGAAGUUCACAAUUCCUGUCAGCAGAACGCUGAGGAGGGGAAGGUAUUACUCCUAUAUCUCUGCACCUCUCUGUCUCUCUCCCCCCACGGGCACAAAUGGUUAUCAGCACUAUCCCAGUCUCUGGUUUAA